AGCUGGGACACGUCCGAGCGGCACCUCAUCUUCCAUGACUUGACUCAGUCUCGCUUGCAGCUGCCCCCAUGUGGAAGCAAGUACUUACCAUUAUGGUAAUCAAGUGCUUACGUACUUAGAGUACCUUAUGGUACUCAGUCCACCUGGGCAGUCGUCCACUCAUUGCAACAACCACGACACACACAGGCACACACAUUCAGACACGCACACACAAUGCACCAAGUGCACAGCCACGUCCGUGUCGAGCCGGCGCAAGACGCCGACUUUGCACAACUGGCCGCCAUUGUCGCCAUGUGCUUCAGCGACAUGCCCGUCGAAACAGCCAUCAAUGGCCCUCCCACAUCUUCCAACCUCGAGGCCACAGCCCAGCGCUAUCGGCACGCCGACCGCCUGCAUCGACAGCAGCACGCCCUGCCAGCCGCCAUCAAGUGCGUCUAUACUGAUCCAGAGUCCGGUGACGAAACCAUCGUGGGCACCGCCCAGUGGUACAUCUUUCCCCGCCAGAGGACAGCGCAGGACUCAGCUGCUCCGCAUUACCUUCUUGCGUGCGACUGGGUAAACAGCGGCCACGAAAGGGCCAAAAUCACAAACUUCUUCCAGCCCUUCCUCGAGGGCCGUGUUCGCUGGAUGGGUAGCAGUCCGCACGGCACACUCAUGUACCUGGCAGUCCUGCCGGCCUGGCGGAGGCAGGGCAUCGCAACCAGGUGCGUGCAAUGGGGACUCGACAGGUGCCAACAGCUCGGCAUCCCUGCGUACCUCGAAGCAAGCGACUUGGGCGCGCCAGUGUAUGAAAAGCUGGGGUUCAAGACUGUGGACCGCAUCGAGUCCGAAUGGGAAACCAUACCGUGCGGCUGUCCAAUCAUGAUCAAAUAUCCAGCCGAUGGCAAUCAGUCUAAAGGGUGACAGGAUAACCCGGCCGAGGCUCGUGGCAACGUCUCAUCCGAGACUCGACAACGUAAAGGCCGCUUAUACAUGUGCAGGCUUUCCUGCCCAUCGGUGGGAAGUCUAC